AUGACCCCAAGAGACGUAAAAGCAGCUCUCGCCAGACUUACAGGGGGCGCAGCUGCACUUGACACCGCGUACAGAGAAGCUCUUGAAAGGAUCCAAAGUCAGCUGGAUGGACACCGCGAAUUGGCUAGGAAGGCUCUGUCUUGGAUCUCACUUGCCAAACGGCCGCUCACUACCGCAGAGAUCUGCUGCGCCCUGGCAGUAGAGCCCGACGAAGAUGAGGUGGACCUAGAGAACGUGCUGACUUCGGACGACCUAGUGUCUGUAUGUGCUGGUCUUGUCGUUGUCGAUCAAGAGAGCGCCGUCAUCCGUCUCGUGCACUACACUACACAGGAGUACCUUGAGCGCACUGGAGAUGCUUAG